AUGUCUCCUAAUGAUGUAUGGAUGAUAUAUUGCAUUGUGGGUGUCAAUAUAAGUGACGGCCAUAUUUGCCGGUGCUGCUACCGCUGUAAACAACCCAAAGUGUCUGGGAGACACAGAGACGCUCCACUGAAUGUCAGGACAUUUUUAUUUCUUGCAUUUGCCAUGUCUCUAGGAAUGUCUUACAAGCCCAACUUGAACGCCCACCUCCCCGGGACUUCCAUCAACCAGGCUGGAAGUGUUCACUCUCCCUCCACAAGUAUGGCAACCUCUGCACAAUACAGACAGCUUAUAAAUGAUUAUGGACCCCCGUCUCUAGGCUAUACACAAGGGAUGCAGGGUACCAGCAGUAGUCAAGUACCACAAAGCAAAUAUGCAGAACUUCUAGCUAUCAUAGAAGAAUUAGGAAAAGAAAUUAGACCUACAUAUGCUGGAAGUAAAAGUGCCAUGGAGAGGCUAAAACGAGGCAUCAUUCAUGCUAGAGGAUUAGUUCGGGAAUGCUUGGCUGAGACUGAACGGAAUGCAAGAUCCUAGCCUACUAAUUAAAUUACAAGACUUUCCAUCUCUUUAUGAAGAAAAAUGUAAUACUUAUUCCUUUUGAAACAUGCAGAUGAAUCUUUUUAUUUUGAUUGUUUUACCCUUUUUUGCCCUUAUGAAAAUGUACAGUUAAGAAUGAGAAGAUUUUUCAAUUUACUGAGGGUUUGCAUUUUUUUUUAGAUGUUAAACGCCCCAAAUUCUUUCUAAAAGGUUAAGACUAAAACUGCAUGCAGAGGAAUGCUUUCUCUCCCACAGACUAUACUUAAGUUCCUUUCUUAUCCAGCCACAGUCUCAUUCUUUUUAUUUCUUUGACUAUAUUCACUUAACCCCACAUGGUCAAUCUUUCAACCUUUGACAUAAGCUCUAAGGAUUUUUUUUUAAAUAACUGCACUGGUAGCAUGUUUUACCUAGUAGUCGGCUAUACUCACAGUUUGCCAUACAGCAUAGACCCUGCUUAGAAAUAACCCUUUUUUUGCAUAAGCAUUUGCAUGAUUGUUAGUGCUUUGGAGUCCAUUUAAAGUGCAUGAGUUAUAAAUACAGAAGAUAGAGCAACCUAACAAACAAUAACAAGGUCCCAGAAAACUAAUUUUCACCCUAAGGCCGAAGAUUUCAAUUGUAAGUUUGCCAAAAAAAAAAAAAAAUUCUGGAUAAAUUACUAAAACUGUUAUUUGCAUCUUUGUAUGUAUUUAUUACUUGAUGUAAUAAAGCUUAUUUUCAUUAACAGUUUGUAUUAAAACUGUAUGUACAGUCACUUUAAUCAACCUUAUGUAAAAGUGCAAAAGAACUCAGUAGAUAGGCCAAUGUUUAACCUUCAUGCAGGAGCCUCAAGUCCAGGAACAGACUAGGGAACAGUGCUGUAGACUGCUGGAGAUGUUCCAGCCAUAGCCCUGGCCUGAUGCAGUUAAUCUCUGCAGGAAGCAGGUAAGGCUGCUUGCCGGCUCCAUUACUACUUAUAAAAAGCAAAGUGCGGGGUAUGUGUAAGAAUGAAAGAUACUGUAAAGUUCUAGGGAUGUGAUUUGAUACCUUGUAAAAACAAAACAAAAAACACCACCACCACUCCAUUAAAAUGGAAGAUCACCUCUUUUCCUUGUGAUUUUAAAUCAACAUCUUUAAUAAAAUGGAGUAGAUGCUCCCUAUUCAAAUAAAUCAGAGGAAAUUUUAAAAACAGAAUAAAGACCCUUUCUGAGGUGAAACUAUUCAAGUGUAAUAUGAUAUAGUAAAGACAAUGGCAUAACACUGGCAUUCAGUCGCAUCAAAAUUCUGCAAGGUAAACUAAGUAAAACUGACUACUGAAAUUGGACAAUGAAACCCAAAGAAAGGGAUACUUAUCAGUGCAAACUAUGGAUGUUAGGGGAUAAUAGUUUUGGGAAAGGGACACUUUGCAUAAUGGUUCAGAUGAGUGAACUCACCGAAGUUGCUUUUAACCUACAGUAUCCUCCACAUCUUUGUCUGAUUGUCAGUUGAAGAAAGAUGUGAUGACCAAGAUGUAAUGUCUAAAAACUAGGGCUGUCAAAUGAUUUUUUAAAAGUUUUAAUCGCACUGUUAAAUAACAUUUUUAAUAAAUUUAAAUUUAUAUUCUAUUUUGGAUGUUUUUCUACAAUUUCAAAUAAUGAUUUCAAUUACACCACAGACUACAAAGUGUACAGUGUUCACUUUAUAUUUUUGAUUACAAAUAUUUGCACUGUAAAAAACAAUAGUAUUUUCAAAUCACCUUCUACAAGUACUGUAAUGCAAUCUCUUUAUUGUGAAAGUGCAACUUACAAAUGUAGAAUUUUUUUUUUUCAUGCACUCAAAAACAAAACGUAAAAUUUUUAGAGCCUUCAAGUCCACUCAGUCCUACUUCUUGUUCAGCCAAUUACUAAGACAAAUGAGUUUGUUUACAUUUAUGGAAGAUAAUACUGCCCGUUUCUUACUACAA